CUUCACUGUACCUCUUUUUUCAUCAAAUCUUCCCCUCCGCUGAAACCCUAAAAAAAAACGCUUUGUUUUUGGGGUGAAAAAUGUACUAAUUCCAAUCUAGUCCCGCUGAGUCGGUUCACUGACGACUCGCCCAGUGAUUCAAUUUCAAAUCCCAGAAACCCUAAUAUUUCCUCACUCUCACUCCCAAAAGACUCGAACUUUAUCAAGCUCUUACCGGCUUUGAAUUUCCUAGUGGAGCUCACGAGCUGGUUCCCCAUUGGCUAAUUGGGUUGCGAAGUGGAGUAUGUGAUGGUUGAGAACAAUGGAGGAAAGUGAAGACUAUUUCAGUGGAAGAGAGAAUGGGAGCUCGAGCCAGGGUCAGGGUCUGGGUCGGCCUCCGAACCCUCUCGCCGCGGCUUGUCGGCCGUGCCAGCCGUGUAACAAGACGCUUCUUCGUCACCCUUCCCUCAUGAAGACCAAGACCUCAGAUGUCUCUGUUGAACCAGGGCCUAGCCUAGAGGAUUGUGAGUCUGAGUUUAUUCCAGUUGUCCGCUCUGGAGCAUGUGCCGACAUUGGGCUUCGUACAAAAAUGGAAGAUGUAUACGUUUGCAUUGACGACUUUAUACUGGAGUAUGGACUCAAGAAUAUGACUGAUGGGCCCAGUGCUUUCUACGGGGUGUUUGAUGGACAUGGAGGAAAGCAUGCUGCUGACUUUGCUUGCUAUCAUCUGCCAAAGUUCAUUGUUGAGGAUGAAAACUUCCCAAAGGAUAUUGAAAGAGUUGUUGCUUCAGCUUUUUCGCAAACUGACACUGCCUUUGCGGAUGCUUGCUCUUUGGAUGAGGCCCUUGCUUCCGGCACUACUGCUUUAGCGGCUCUCGUCAUUGGAGGAUUGUUGGUGGUGGCAAAUGCUGGAGAUUGUCGAGCAGUGCUGUGCAGCCGUGGCAAAGCAAUUGAAAUGUCAAGGGAUCACAAACCAAUCUGCUGCAAAGAAAGGAAGCGAAUCGAGGCUUCUGGAGGUUAUGUAUAUGAUGGUUACCUUAAUGGACAACUUAAUGUUGCUCGUGCUUUGGGAGACUGGCACAUGGAAGGAAUGAAAGAUAGGGAUGGUGGGCCACUCAGUGCAGAGCCCGAGCUUAUGUCUAGAAAACUGACGGCGGACGACGAAUUCCUCAUCAUAGGCUGUGAUGGGAUCUGGGAUGUGUUUAGGAGCCAAAAUGCUGUAGAUUUUGCUCGGCGCAGGCUUCAGGAGCACAAUAACCCAGUCUUAUGUUGUAAGGAUCUGAUUGAUGAGGCUUUGAAGAGGAAGAGUGGGGAUAAUUUAGCUGUUGUUGUGGUCUGUUUUCAACACCGGCCUCCCCCUAACUUGGUUGCCCCGCGCCCUCGAGUGCAUAGGAGCUUUUCUGCAGAAGGUUUGAGGGAGUUGCAAAGCUUCUUAGAUAGCUUUGCAAAUUGACAUGUUGACAAAAAUUUAUUGUAGUUUAGAUGUUGGGAGAGAAUCUUGAGUUCCAACUGUAACAUAUGCGGCAGCAAGUCAAAAGCAUGAUUUGUUGUUUUCUUUGAAGUUUAUUUAUCAUCUAUCUGCUUUUACUCUGGCAUUUCUCGAUUUGGAAUUGUUUAUUCCAUGUGAUAUCUUGGAGUUCA